CUUUUCCUGUUUUUUUAUUUUAUUUUAUUUUUGUAAUUAUUAUUAUUUUUAUUUUUUUGCCAUAGGAAAAACUGGAUUUCUUAAGAGAGAAAAAGACCUUCAACUACACACGCGUUAAGCGCAUUUUUAACUCAUUGUUCUUGGCAGUGCGCACACGCUGUCCAACAAGUGCGUGCUCGAGGCGCAGCUGCUGUGUCUUAAGAAGCGACCGAGGAGAAAACAAUCAUAUGCUUAACGACCUGGAGUUCGAAUCGAUCCACGCAACCUCACCAAAUACGCACAUACGUUGUCGCAUUGAUAAAAAUGCGCGUUUGUUUGAUGCGCGUCGUGUGAGCUGGUGGAUUAUGAUCUGCUAGUUUCCCCGCCGAUGGAGCCGCCGUAAUUCGUCGUCUUUGUCAUUUUUACAACAAACUAAAGACCGGGCGGUUUGCUUAUAUUGUGAAGAUCCAAACCAAAAAGCCUUACAUCUAGACCACCAGUGACCUGUGAAGACUUGUAAAUCCCUGCACCUGGUUUCUUGGAGAGGGCUGCGCAAUUGCGCACGCUGCGAGAGUUUACUAUAGGAGCUUUCCAUGGAAUCCACUCCACGCGUGAUCUCCAGUGAGGGUUUCAGUCUGAUCUGAUGUGGGGUAAAAAGUUGCCGUCCGGACAGUAAAUCUCAUAUAUGAGGAUCAAUACACACGUGCUAGUCAACAUAAAUUGCAAAAAUGCCUAUGCAUCCGGUGACUUCCACUUUGAUGUACCGGGGAAUCUGCACCAUUCCUGAUAUCCUGUCGUACCGGGCACCAGUCAACCUGCCUGAGGAUGAGGUGGAAGAAAUCCGGGAGGCGUUUAAGGUGUUUGAUCGAGAUGGGAACGGCUUCAUCUCAAAGCAGGAGCUCGGUUUGGCCAUGCGUUCUCUAGGGUACAUGCCCAAUGAGGUCGAGCUGGAGGUUAUCAUUCAAAGACUCGACAUGGAUGGUGAUGGCCAGGUGGAUUUUGAGGAAUUUGUUACUCUCCUGGGGCCCAAACUCUCAGCUGCCGGGAUGCCUGACAAGUUCAACGGAACCAAUUUUGACUCUGUGUUCUGGAAGUGUGAUUUGCAGAAGCUGACUGUGGAAGAGCUGAAGAGACUCUUAUAUGACACCUUCUGUGACCACCUGACUAUGAAGGACAUCGAGAAUAUCAUAAUGACAGAGGAGAAUCACAUCGAAAAUCCUGAGGACUGCCAGGUUGACAUUGACACAGAAAGUCCGACCCAGCAGGUGAAGCAAACAUGCGUACGGAAGAGUUUGAUCUGCGCCUUCGCGAUCGCUUUCAUCAUUAGUGUCAUGCUUAUCGCAGCCAAUCAGGUGCUUCGCAGUGGCAUGAAGUAACUGAAUGAACCAAUCACAAUGUAGAUCCAAUUCAACAUAUAACAGUGAUAAAAAAUAAAAAAAAUAAAAUAAAAAAACAUGCACAUACAAACUGGAGCAGCUGAAAAGUCAAUUUUAUUUAAGUGAAAUCCAAAUGUUGUGACUGAAAUAUUUUUGAGACGAGCUACAGCUUCCACUGGAGAGAAUUAUUCAGAUUUGACAGCAAACGUAUUGCACUCAGAUAUAUAAACGCACACAUACUGUGUCUUACCCAAAAGGGUCUGAUAAAAGUACAUGAAAAAGAGAGAAAGAAGAAGUUUAUGCUGUAAAGGACUUUAAAAAAUGUCCCCUUCAACAGCUCUCUCUCCCUCUUCAGUAUGUUUUGGGUGAGAUUGGCCGCAUGGACAUCUCCAACCCAGGAUCCUACUCUUCGAUGCAUGACAAUGCAUGGAUUUACAAUAGCCUGGAUGUACCAGUAGAGCUCAGCUGUGCAUCCAUUCAUCUAUAUAUUAGACCCCAAAACAAAUUUCCUGAAGAAAGACCCGUUUUACAUGUACGAAGAGUUGGAUAUGCAGCAGAGGCCGUUUCUGACGUCUUUUCCAUCAUGUAUACUGAUCCCUUUGCAUGAUAAUAAGGGCUGUUUAGGGCAUGCUCAUGUCAUGCAAUGUUAGUCUUGUGUUUGUUGAGUAACUAUUGUUGGUUUUUACCUGUUGCACAUGCCUGAUAUGAUUGUAGUAGUACUCCAUAUGGCCAAAGGUGCCAUGAAACAACCCAAAAGCGAUACUGUACCACUAGUGACAUACCUGUGGAGUAUUAAAGGAAUAGAUCACCCAAAAAUGUAGAUGAGUUAAUUUAUCAUUAUAUCACUUGCUCACCAAUGGAUGUACUGAAGUGAAUGGGUGCCAUCAGAAUGAGUGUCUACAAAGCUGAUUAAAAACAUCACAAUAAUCCACAAGGAAUCCAUACCAAUCCAGUCCAUCAAUUGACAUCUUGUGAAAUGAAAACCAUUGCUUCUGGCUAAAAUACAAGUCCAUAAUCCGUAAUAUUAUUUUCUCUUAAGUGGUUUCAUCUGAAUCAGGAGAGAAGCAUGCACCGAUCCAAAAGCAUCCACAGUCCAAAACGUAUCUCAACAAAUGUCGUGAGCGUUAAUAUGGAUUAUGUUUUGUCUCGUAUUUUGGCCUGAAAUUACGGGUUUCAAGUUAAAAUGCCUUAAUUAUGUUUUGUUUUUGUUUUUUCAUACAAACAUGCAGCAUUUCACUUCACAUGAUAUUAACCCUCUCAAGGCAGGCAUUGCAGAUUUGCAACAGUAAAGUAAUUAAAAACCUUAUUACUCAAGAUACAUAUUUUAUGAAUCUGGAGUACUAAAAACUUUACUAUAGGUUACUAAAUUUACUAAGUUACUAAAACUUAAUUUGAGCCUGAGAGGGUUAAUGGAUGGACUGGAUUCAUGUGGAUUUUUGUUGAUUAUUGUGAUGCUUUUUAUCAGCUGUUUGGACUCUCAUUCUGAUAGCACCCAUUCACUGCAGAGGAUCCAUUGAUGAGCAAGUGAUGUAAUGCUACAUUUCUCCAAAUCUGUUCUGCAAAUUUUCGUUUUGGGAGAACUAUUUCUUUAAGUGUUUUACAGUAUUUGGAUCAAAUUGAUUUUCUUUUCACCUGAAAUACACUGUGCAUUUUCAGGCUAACUGUUUGAACGAUCAACUUACAUUUUGUGAACAUUUGCACUGUAAUUAUAUCGUAAAGUUGAUAAUUAGGAGCUUUUUAAUCGAAAUGACAUGACUGGCAUGAAAUUCCAAAUUAUUAAGACACAUUAUAAAAAGAGUUGUUUUCUGACAUAUCAGGAAAUUAUUUGUUAGUUGUUUUCGAACCAAAUCGAUGUCCAUUUAAGCUUAUCGCCAAACCUAAAUGGAUGAUCAUGAUGUUUCUAUUCAUUGUAAGGAAUAUGUGUAUUAAUAUAACCUGAGAGCAAACACUGUGGUAUAUCACUGUUUCACUGAUGCUUCAAAAUAUAUUGUUCAUAUGUCCAUAUGAAUGUGACAUCUGUGACAUCGUUCAGUGUUUUCCUGGGAAAUAUAGUAGUUUGUGUGCAGGUUGACAAGAAGAUAGCAAAAUGGAGUAUCUAAGGUAUGAAUAAUGUGUCAAAUAUGAAUGUCAGGGGUUGAAUAUGUAUCAGCUGUAAGUGUGUCAUUCUGUUGAAGGGCAUUUUCCAGGGUAUAAUAUUAGUUUUUCGACUCUGCCCAGGGCCUGAAUUGAUUUAGCUGUUAUUUACAGCACCAUGAAACUCUUAUAUUUGGAUGUCCAGAUAUAAAUGAAAUAUGCAAUGGAUGGAAACACCUGUCUCAGCGCACACAGGAGCACUACGAUCGCGUGACAGUCAAAGAGGAGUCACAGGACAACAAUGUACAGGUUUCCCCCAUUAUACAGGCUCAAUUCCUUAUUCAUUAAUAGAAACAGGGAAAGCUAAUAAUGUUCCUGAGCCGCGAGCAAAAUAUUAUCGCUUCAAAUAGCAAAUUAUCUUUGACCAGAGAAUGGCUGUUAUUCAAAACUCAUCCAGAAUAGAAAUACCUGAUAAGGAAAUUCUCAUUAUAUCAUUACCAUAUUGGCUGGUAACCCCAUCUGCCCCCGAGUAUUAUUUGUGCUUGGUAAAUCAGAUCCAGCAGAAUUAAUUAUUCACAAUAGCUGCUUAUUAAAGAAAGAAAGAAAGAAAGAAAGAAAUACAAGAAAAUCAAAAUAGUGUUAAAAGUUGUAACUUUCCAUAACAAUCUACUUGCUCUAACCCUUAAAAAUGAUUUUGUUGAAAUUAGUAGAUUUAUCUUCAGCAAUUAAUUAAAUACAAAAUAAAAAUGGUUUAAUAUUUAAUUAAAGCACAUUUCUUUGACCUUAAACCAGUUAUUUAAUUUUUCUGACUAUUAUUAAAACCGUUAAUGUGAGUUUUAAGAUUUACUUUUUAUUAUUAGAGUAAAAAUUUUUAACCAUGAAUUCAGUUACUUUUUUCAUCCACUUCAUUCAGUUACUUUAAGAUUACAUUUUUUAAUUCAU